AAACCCUAACGCUUCUAACCCCUUCUCCGUCCCUCUCCUUCGCUGGAGCUGAAGCCGAGCAAUGCCAUAGAGCAAGCCGCGCCGCGCCGCGCUGCCCAGCCCAGUCCGGCCAUGCCGCUCCGCGCCGCGCUCCACCUCCGCCGCCUCUUCUCUACGGACCCCGCUACGGCGCCGCCGAGACUGCGAAACCUGCCCUACCGCCUCCGCCGCGUCGCCGUCCCCGCCGCGCGCGCCGUCGUCUCCGAGUACCUCCACUCCACGCGCUGCCUCCCGUCCUCCCACGCUGACUCCAUCGCCGCGCACUCCCCGCGCUCCCUCCUCGCCUUCCUCGCCGCGCUCCCGGCGGUCCCGGGCACCCUCCCCACGGUGGAGCUCCCGGCCCUCCUCCGUCGCUACCUCUCCUUCAACCCGCUCAACGAGCUCCCCUUCUUCCUCGAGUCUAUCGGCGCGCCACCCAAUGCCGCCGCCGGCGCGCCCCGCUUCGAUCACAUGUUCCUUGACGACCAUCCUUAUCUGCUCGGCGCCGUCGCUGCGCUCGCCCACUUCGGCUUCCCCUGGUCCCGCCUCGGCCUCCUCUUCCCCGCCGUCCUCCUCGGCGUGGCCCCGGACCUCAUCUCCGCGCGCCUCGCCGCGCUCGAGGCUCGCCUCCACCGGCUCCCUCGCGCCGCCAUCAUCGCCGCCUGCCUCACCUUCCCCUCGCUUCUCGAGGGCGAUCUCUCCGACGGCAACCCACUCGUUAAGGAUCUUGGCACCGCGUUUCGAUCGCUGAGAUCUGAUUUGGGCUCCAGCAAUGACAUUGACGCGUUCUCAGUGGUGUGCCGGAGGAUGCGGAUGUUCUAUGAUGCUGGAGCAGAGGUUGGUAGCAUUGGGGGUCUUGUCGGGGCCAGCCGGAGGGUGUUUCUCGAGCUCGGGGAGGAGAGGAUUGGUGAGAGAUUGCGGUUCUUCAAGGAGUUGGGGAUGGAGGGGAAGGAAUUGGGGAGGUUCCUGCUGUGCAAUGCCGGGGUUUUCGAUCCUGAUUUCUCUGAUGUGGUGAUCUCGGUGCCAGAAUACCUGCGAAGAGUUGGGUUGGCAGAGGAUGAGGUUGAUGCGGCGGUAGAGAAGCACCCGUAUGUUGUCGGGAAGAACCAGCUGGAGAACCUCCCCAGGGUGCUGCGAGCAAUGGAGCUGGAGUGUCGGUUCCUGGAGAAGAUUUCUGUCGGUGCAGAGAGCUUGCGCUAUUUAUCACCAGAUUUUGUUUCGGAGGAUGAUAGUUAUGAUGUCGAUGUUGAGAGAGCAUUUUUGGAUGGGAUGGCUAAGGUGAAAGCUGAGAGGAAAGCACAGCAUGUGGACAGCAAGCUGGAGUUUUUGAAAAGUAUUGGGUAUGCUGAGAAUGAGAUAGCCACAAGGCUAAUUCCUUUCCUGCACAGCACUCGGGAUUUGCUGCAGGAGCGGUUUGAUUACCUCCUUGAAAGAGGGGUGGAGUACAAGAUUCUGUGUCAGAUCUUGAGUGUUUUUCCAAAGGUGCUAAACCAAGGCAAGGAGAUGCUGAAUGAGAAGUUAAACUACCUCACAGAGGAGCUGGGCUACUCCUUGGAGUACCUUGAUUGCUUCCCUGCAUUUCUGUGCUUUGAUUUGGAGAACAGGACCAAGCCUAGGUAUGCAAUGCUUCGGUGGCUUCAAGAGCAUGGCUUGCUCAAAAAAACAUUAGCCCCCGCAACAGUGCUUGCUAACUCCGAGAAGAGGUUUAUUACGAGCCUCUACAUUGCGCAUCCUGCAGCUCCAAAGUUGUGGCUUGAGUGCUUCUCUUCAAGAAUACAUAUGGAGUAUUAUCUCAAGAACAUGUUUAGCCAGCAUCCAGAAAACAAAUAAUUAUGUCUUGAAUUUUAUUGACAUGAUUGUGAGAGGUACAGAGGAUUUGUCAUGUGCAUCCUUUCCCUAUUGGAGGCUACCGAUGUUGGCUGUUGCUCAAGUAGGAUGAAGUCUCUGGAUCUUAUUGUUGUUAUUGAUCUCUCAGAGUAAUGAAUAGACAGGUUAUUGUUUGUUAGAACUGUUCAUUUACUUCAUCGCUUAAUGAUCUGUUAUGUUAUUUCAUCUCCUAAUUCUUAUAGUUAGUUUCCUCUACGAGCGGAACUCUAUUUGCAUCAGCGUAGUUUACAGUUACACAGCCCACCUGCAGUCUGCCAAAUCAUUAUGGACAAGCAUUUUCGGCUAUUGAUUGAACAAUGUCAAAAUAUGAUGAAGAUACAUUGAUUCCUUCUUUAUUUUCGGACGCUGGCUGCAUUUCUUAUUUAAAUCGAAACAAGUUAAAGUUGUUUACAGUUAGUAAUGCAGGGGACUGUUCUUAAUUAAUGUGUGUUACAAUGCUCCUAUCAAUUUGUUAAGCUGUGUUGUUGAUUGCAUUUUAUCUUUUUUCAGAUGCUGGUAAUAUUUAUUUAUUAGGUUGAACCAACUUAAUAUGGGUUAGCUUGUCAUCGUAUGUGAAGUUCUUUCCUGAUGAUCUGUUAUUGAAAAGUAGGAUAAUAAACAGCAGAAUAAUAUCUAUCUUCAUUUCACUUUGACUUAUGGCGGGUUUUCCAACCCUAGUAUAUACUAAUUCCUUGAUAGCUUACCUGCAGAGUAUAAAGCAAUCAUAAUCUAUAUGCAUAUUUUGCAAAACAACCUAUCACAUUGGAUUUGUCAACAGCGCAGUCUAGCAAAGAUAAAUGGUACCGUCUGCAUAAGAACAUUUUGAGGAAUGAUAUCAUGUUGCAUAUAUGCUAUGUUGUAAUGAAUUGUCUCCUCUGCACUUUUGGAUUGAUAUAUUUGCUGCUCCAUGAUUUCUGGAAGUAAAUGGGUAAUUACAUACUUGAGAGUAUUCUUAUAUGUAUGUGCCUAGAUAGACUUCCCCUUCCCUUUUAUAAUAUUAUUUAUAUAAUUUAUGCUGAUUCUCCUGCUAAUUUUCAUUUGGCUGAUGGCCAACACAACCUAUAGACAGUGCUCUAUUGUGGAGGUACUAUAGUUCUUGCUAUGUUUUUCCUGGUUCCACAUUUAUAAUUUGUAUGCAUGCAUGCUAGCCAUGCGUCCAAGCAUCCAUACUAUGUGUAUGAGCUGCUUCUAUGCUUGGUUGACAUCAGUCCUGAGAGUUGUAGUUUGUGUGCUUUGAUUCCAUGUGUAAAUCUGCUAUCCGAUGAUCCAAUUGGAAAGAACAUAACAGCCUUUCUAAGGAAGAAACGAUAUCUCUAUUAUAGAAGGUUGUUGCAGAAACUAGAUUUGAAAUGGAAGUAUCGAACUUUGGAGAUAGGUUGUAAUGCUAUAUUUCUCAACUUGAUCUUUUGAUUGUCCUGUACAUGAUGCAACCUGGUGCACAUGCUGCUUGUUUUUUCUACGGUGCAAGAGGGGCAAAAAAGAGAGCAGGGCAUAUGGUCUGUAAUUUCUGGUCCUGCCUGUUAAACCCCGCCUUGGCCUUGGUAAUUAUAACUGUGCUGAGCGCCAGGAAAUUCUUUUUGUCAGUAUUUUUAUAAAAAUGCUUUUAUGUGAAACUGGGAUGAUUUGUACCUAAGGGGCAUGUUUUUUUUUUUCCAAUCAAUGGUGAUCAAUUUUCAUCUAUUCCAAAGCCGCAGGAAAGCUUUCGAUCCAAUCGACUUGGUAUGGAUGAAUGCUGUUUUCGUUGCAAGUUCAUACAUUAGUUUUUUGUCAGUGAACUAAACGGUACAUUUGCAUGUUUUCAGGCUUUUUGCUGCACCGAUCAGUUUGUAUCAACAUACAAUGUUUGACUUGUCAGUUCAACCAUUGGUGCCAAACAACUAACAAAAUGUAACCUUAUGGUACGUGUUUCUCUAACCCAUGGAUGCUCCGCAGGUUGAACCAUUUCAAGAGAAGCUUGAAGCGGGAACAAACUUCUGAAUUAUGUACUGGCAAUGUCAGCACCUGAACUUGCUGUGGCCAUCGCAUCAUGUUGCAACGCAUGUGCACAUGUCUGGCAGUGGCAGCUGGAGAAAUCACAGUGACAACAUGAAGAUGGUGUCGAAUACUGUGGGAUUGUUACCUACAUGGAAAACUAGGAGUGAAUAAAAGAUGCCUUUUGCGAUAUCGGUCUUCGACUUGGAGAUGGGCGUCUGGGGAUCGCAUCCAAACAAAGGGCUUAUCUUAAUGAAGCCCUGGAUAUUCAGGAAUUGAUGAAGAGAUCCUACUGCCACAUCCUUAUGUCCUGUUGCCCACUGAAUACCGCCUUGUACCGCAAUGGCCAGUAAUUAUCCCCGAUUAUGGCCUUGUACCGCAAUGGCUAGUAAUUGUCCCCGAUUGCUUGAACUAUGGGCGUCUCUACAAGCUGGAGUAGGAGUCGAUCUCCUGUGUAAUCUGUUACGAACUAAUUGAUCAAAGCAACCGCUAUUUGCGGUUGUACCCGUUAGUUGGGAAGGGAUGUCUUCCAGGACGGAUGCUCAUUCAACUUGUAUGUAUGUACAUCAACACAAUGAAUGAAAGCAAUCACAUUC